UUCUAUUCAAUUCAUAUUCAAAAUUACAAUAUUAGAUCUCUCUCUCUGUCUCUCCCUCUCUCUCUUUGUUUUCACAUCUCAAUUGGAUAGUUUUUUCGUUGUUGUCCUUGUCUUGGACUCUGUAAAAUAAGGAGGUUCGUCUCGGGGGACCAAGUUUUAGAGCUCUGAUUCUCAGAAUUAGUAGCAACUUACCAAAUGAGAAAUAGCCCAGCUGGUGCAAGCUCUCUUCUCCAAAGGGGAGGUCGGGCGUUCGAGCCUCCAUGGAGGGUUGGAGUCUAUGGUAUUUGAAUGGAUAUCGCCUUGUUCUGAUGUGUGUUUAAGGAAUAUUUGCUAACAAAAUAAAAGUAGAGAUGACGAAGCAUCGCUGGAAGGAAUCAAUCAAGUCUUUUUUUGGAAGUCAUAUUGAUCCUGAAGGAGACGAACAGUUAAAAGGAUCUAAAAUAGAAAUCGAUGACAAAGUUCAGAAAAUCUUGAAGCUCAUCAAAGAUGAAAAUGAGGAGGAACUGGAUGGAAAUGAAGUAGGAAAUUCAAAGAAAGAGCCACUUGUCGAAUUAAUCAAGGAUUUUCACAAACAAUAUCAAUCUCUCUAUGCUCGCUACGACCAUCUCACAGGGGAGCUUAGGAAAAAAGUUCAUGGCAAGCACGAGAAUGGAAGUUCCUCGUCUAGCUCAGAUUCAGAUUCGGAUUAUUCUUCGAGGGAAAAGGGUAUUAAAAAUGGAAAACUGGAGAACGAGUUUCAGAUGGCAGCAGACAGCACUAAGAAAGAACUUGAAACUGCAAACCUAGAAGUUGCUGAUUUGAAAAGGAAAUUAAUAGCUACAGUAGAAGAGAAGGAAGCUUUACAUUUAGAAUAUCAGGCUGCUUUGAACAAAAUAGAAGCAGCAGAGAAGAUGAUCAGAGAUUUAAAGGCUGAAGCUGAAAAGUUGCAAGAUGAGAAAUCAGAUCUUUCGGUUGAGAAUAGGGACCUGAGUCUAAAACUGGAUGAUGCUGAUAAAUCAAAAUCUGAAAUGAAUCAGAGAUUGGAAGAUAUAAGUAGAGAGAACGCUGGUCUAAUCAUGGAGAAAGAGACAGCUAUGAAAAGGGUUGAAGAGGGAGAGAAAAUUACUGAAGAUUUAAGAGCAAUGACUGAUCAACUUACAAAUGUGAGAGAGAGCCUCCAGCUGGAACUCCAAGCUGUUAAAGGGGAACUAUCUGCAAUGAAGGAGCAACUUGAAUCCACAGAACAAGAAGUAGCAAAUUUAAGCCAGACACAGAAAGCUACCUUAGAAGAGAAUAAUUCUCUGUCCUUGAAACUUUUACAGCUUUCAAGUGAGAUUAAGGAGGCACGGGACAAUAUACAAGAACUCCUGACUGAAUCUAGCGAGUUGAAGGAGAAAUUGGGUGAUAGAGAAAGGGAACUUUCGACUCACACAGAGAUGCAUGAGGCCCACAGGAGUGAAGCAGCAGCUCGAAUGAGAGGAUUGGAGCUGGACCUGGAUUCAUUGCACACCAAGAAAAGAGAGAUAGAAAUGCAAAAAGACGAUGAACUCUCCGCUCUCCUGAAGAAAUCUGAGGAUAAGGAAAAAGACUUAUUGUGUCAAAUAGAGGAUCUGGCGGCACAGAUCAACAAUCUGCAACUGGAGGUGGAAUCAUUGAGUACUCAUAAAGGUGAAUUGGAAGAACAACUGGUCCAUAAAAGCAAUGAAGGGUUGGCUCAAGUCAAGGACUUGACGGAUCGAGUCAAUGAAAAGCAACAGGAACUGGAGUCCCUACACAGCCAGAAAACUGAAUCGGAGUUGCAACUGGAGAAAAAAAUCCAAGAAAUUUCGGAGUGUCUGGUUCAGAUAGAAAUUUUGAGAGAGGAGUUAACUAACAAGACGGCAGAUCAACAGAGAUUGGUGGAAGAGAAGGGAAAGCUUUCGAGUGAGAUUAAGGAGGCACUGGACAAAAUACAAGAACUCGUGACUGAAUCUAGCAAGUUGAAGGAGAAAUUGGGUGAGAGAGAAAGGGAACUUUCGACUCACACAGAGAUGCAUGAGUCCCACAAGAGUGAAGCAGCAGCUCGAAUGAGAGGAUUGGAGCUGGACCUGGAUUCAUUGCACACCCAGAGAAGAGAGAUAGAAAAGCAAAAAGAUGAUGAAUUUUCCGCUCUCCUGAGGAAAUCUGAGGAUAAGGAAAAAGACUUAUCGUAUCAAAUAGAAGACCUGGCGGCACAGGUCAACAAUCUGCAACUGGAGGUGGAAUCAUUACGUGCUCAUAAAGGUGAAUUGGAAGAAAAACUGGUGCAUAAAAGCAAUGAAGGGUUGGCCCAAGUCAAGGACUUGACGGAUCGAGUCAAUGACAAGCAACAGGAACUGGAGUCCCUACACGACCAGAAAACUGAAUCGGAGUUGCAACUGGAGAAAAAAAUCCAAGAGAUUUCUGAGUGUCUGGUUCAGAUAGAAACUCUGAGAGAGGAGUUAAAUAACAAGGCGUCAGAUCAACAGAGAUUGGUGGAAGAGACGGGAAAGCUUUCAAGUGAGAUCAAGGAGGCACGGGACAAAAUACAAGAACUCGUGACUGAAUCUAGCGAGUUGAAGGAGAAAUUGGGUGAGAGAGAGACGGAACUUUCAACUCACACAGAGAUGCAUGAGGCCCACAAGACUGAAACAGCUGCUCGAAUGAGAGGACUGGAGCUGGACCUGGAUUCAUUGCACACCCAGAGAAGAGAGAUAGAAAAGCAAAAAGAUGAUGAAUUCUCCGCUCUCCUGAAGAAAUCUGAGGAUAAGGAAAAAGACUUAUUGUGUCAAAUAGAGGAUCUGGCAGCACAGGUCAACAAUCUGCAACUGGAGGUGGAAUCAUUGAGUACUCAUAAAGGCGAAUUGGAAGAACAACUGGUCCAUAAAAGCAAUGAAGGGUUGGCUCAAGUCAAGGACUUGACGGAUCGAGUCAAUGAAAAGCAACAGGAACUGGAGUCCCUACACAACCAGAAAACUGAAUCGGAGUUGCAACUGGAGAAAAAAAUCCAAGAGAUUUCUGAGUGUCUGGUUCAGAUAGAAACUCUGAGAGAGGAGUUAAAUAACAAGACGUCAGAUCAACAGAGAUUGGUGGAAGAGACGGGAAAGCUUUCAACUGAGAUCAAGGAGGCACGGGACAAAAUACAAGAACUCGUGACUGAAUCUAGCGAGUUGAGGGAGAAAUUGGGUGAGAGAGAGAUGGAACUUUCAACUCACACAGAGAUGCAUGAGGCCCACAAGACUGAAACAGCUGCUCGAAUGAGAGGAUUGGAGCUGGACCUGGAUUCAUUGCACACCCAGAGAAGAGAGAUAGAAAAGCAAAAAGAUGAUGAACUCUCCGCUCUCCUGAGAAAAUCUGAGGAUAAGGAAAAAGACUUAUUGUGUCAAAUAGAGGAUCUGGCAGCACAGGUCAACAAUCUGCAACUGGAGGUGGAAUCAUUGAGUACUCAUAAAGGCGAAUUGGAAGAACAACUGGUCCAUAAAAGCAGUGAAGGGUUGGCUCAAGUCAAGGACUUGAUGAAUCGAGUCAAUGAAAAGCAACAGGAACUGGAGUCCCUACACAACCAGAAAACUGAAUCAGAGUUGCAACUGGAGAAAAAAAUUCAAGAGAUUUCUGAGUGUCUGGUUCAGAUAGAAACUCUGAGAGAGGAGUUAAAUAACAAGACAUCAGAUCGACAGAGAUUGGUGGAAGAGACGGGAAAGCUUUCAAGCGAGAUCAAGGAGGCACGGGACAAAAUACAAGAACUCGUGACUGAAUCUAGCGAGUUGAAGGAGAAAUUGGGUGAGAGAGAGACACAACUUUCGAUUCACACAGAGAAGCAUGAGGCCCACAAGAGUGAAACAGCUGCUCGAAUGAGAGGAUUGGAGCUGGAUCUGGAUUCAUUGCACACCCAGAGAAGAGAGAUAGAAAAGCAAAAAGAUGAUGAACUCUCCGCUCUCCUGAGGAAAUCUGAAGAUAAGGAAAAAGACUUAUUGUGUCAAAUGGAGGAUCUGGCGGCACAGAUCAAGAAUCUGCAACUGGAGGUGGAAUCAUUACGUGCUCAUAAAGGUGAAUUGGAAGAACAACUGGUGCAUAAAAGCAAUGAAGGAUUGGCUCAAGUCAAGGACUUGACCGAUCGAGUCAAUGAAAAGCAACAGGAACUGGAGUCCCUGCGGAAGAAAUUCGAAGAUGGAGAGAAUGAAUCUUCUGCUCAAAUAUUGUCCUUAACAGCAUUGGUGAACGAUUUGCAAGUGGAGCUGGAUUCUUUGCGAACUCAGAAAAUUGAAUCAGGAUCACAACUUGAUAAAAAGACUAUAGAAAUAUCAGAUUCCCUAGUUCAUAUUGAAAAUUUGAAAGAGGAGUUAGCAAGCAAGACUCUGGAUGAACAGAGGUUACUGGAAGAGAAUGAGGGUUUGACGGCUAAGGUAAAGGAUCUGGAACUGGAAGUAGAUUCUGUUUGCAACCAGAGAAAUGAACUGGAAGAGCAGAUAAGAAAUGGAGACCGUGAGAGCGAAGGGUUGCGAGACGAAAGGGCGAGUCUACUGGCCAGUGUUUUUGAAUUAGAGACGUCAUUAGCAGAGACAAGGGACAAGUUCGUUGUUCUCCAGAAGAAACUCGAGGAUGCAGAGAAUGAGGCGUCUGCUCAGAUUGCGGCCUUAUCAGCACAAGUUAACAAUUUGCAGCAAGACUUGAAUUCCUUGCAGGCUGAGAAAAGCCAGCUGGAGGUGGAGAUCGAGAGAGGUAAACAAGAAUCUUUGGGAAGCCUGACCCUGCUGGAGAAUCGAAAUGUUGAGUUUGCAAGCAAGACCACAGAGCAUCAGAGAAUGCUGAAAGAACAGGAAGAUGCAUUCAGCAAAUUGGUUGGGGAGCACAAACAACUUGAAGUUCUGUUUGAGGAGUGCAAGACAAAUCUGGAAGUUGCAGAAAGGAAGAUGGAAGAAAUGGCAGAUGAGUUCCACAAGAGUAUUGAAUCCAAAGAUCAGAAGAUUGACAAUUUGGAAGAGUCGAUUGAAGACCUGAAAAGAGAUUUGGAAAUUAAAGGAGAUGAACUCAGUACAUUGACAGAGAAUGUCAGUAACAUUGAAGUUAAGCUCCGUCUAUCGAACCAGAAGCUGCGAGUGACAGAACAGUUACUGACAGAGAAAGAAGAGAGCCACAGGAAUAAGGAACAUAAGCUCCUUGAAGAGAGUAGGUUGCUUGAAGAAAGGAUUGGUACAUUGUCUGGAAUGAUUGCCGUUUACAAAGAAGCUCAAGUCCAGAUGAUAAACGAAAUCUCAGAGAAAAUAAAUGACACCAUGAAUGGAGUGGAAACACUUACCAUGAAGUUUGAAGAAGAUCAUGGACACUUUGAGACCCGUGUAUACGAAAUCACGAAUGAGGUGCAGAUUACAAAGAACUGGAUUAAGGAAACAAGUGGUGAGAAAGAAGAGCUAAAGGAGGAGGUUAACAGCCUGGUUGAGCAACUGCAAAAUAAGAAAGAACAGGAAACGGUGUACAGAAAGAAGGUUGGGGAGUUGGAGAUAAAGUUGAAGAAGGAUGAAGAGGAGAAGGGGAAUCUAAUGCAAGCUAUUAAACGGCUUGAAGAGAAGAUAGAAGAAUUAGAGAAGACAAUGAAUGAGAAGGAUGAGGGGAUUUUGGGCCUCGGGGAGGAGAAGAGGGAGGCCAUUAGACAGCUGUGUAUAUGGAUUGAUUACCACCGCGAUCGCUGUGAUUAUCUCAAAGACAUGCUUUCAAAGAUGAGUGGUAGAAGAAGGCCGAUUACAGCUUAAAAUUUUCUGAUUCAUUUUUCUUCUUGUCAUAUGUCUAUUCUGGUUUUUCUAUUUUAUUUGAUGUAUCUAUUAUUUAUGAUGGGUUCAUUUGUUAAAUAAGGCAGGUUUUAUGUUGUUGGAACACUCACUAGCAUUAGCCGCCGAUUAUAAUAUAUUGUGAGUAUGUUAGUUUCAUCAUAUAUCAGUUCAGACAUUAUGGGAAUUAAAUUGCGUUAUUGUCUUGUUUGGUUGA